UGCUGUGGUUCAGUUGUUGACAGCUUGUACUCGGAACGUUUCCUAUGAUGAUGUUUUCGACCGUUUUGUUUCUUGCUUUCGCAGUCAUCGAUGUGGUCUCUGGACAAACGGCAAGUACUACUGAACAAAUGGCAAGUACUAGUGCUAGCAACCAAGUGCCUGACAGUACACAAGCUGUUCUUCCAAUUCCUAGACAUAGGAAAAUUCAUGGAGUUAACCCAGCUAUAAAGUUUCCUCCGGGAGGCAAUCAGGGGAUCGAAUCACCAUUGCUGUUGUGGGGUGUUGACAAGACCUGGAUGAAGUUCCACUAUGAAACAAAUGCUGACAAUUCAGAGCUGACUGUUGUAAAUGAGAUUGUUUGUUACCAAGAUGAGGUGGGGACUGUCAUUAGUGGAACAUGGGCAACAACUACUAGUGUGCAUAAAAAGGUAUCCAAGACAUCGGGUUCCAGAUGUGUUCGUCUUGCUCACAACAAUCAAUCAGAUUUGUGUACAACGUUCAAAGUGAAAACAACUAUUACAGUCAAACAUGGUUACGUCACGAUCAGUGAUAUUUCGUUUGGUGACAAGGAAAUUUGCUCAAUUUCAGGCAACAAAAAGAAAAAAUCGCUUAAGUGUAAUUUUGAUGAUGGUGACUGUGGUCUUGGUAAUGAUGCUUGUGGCUUGGUUGAUUGGGAAAUUAGAUCUUGGGACUCAACGGAUCGACGUCGUCGAUCAAGCAAUUGUGAAGAACAAGGAGGUGUUCCACUGUUGAAACGAAAAAUUCGAGACAAAUGCUCAUUUGAAGAUCUUAAUAUUGUCAAUUUGCAACGAUCAGGGUUUAUUCAGUUUACAAGUUCAUCAGAUGUCGAGUCUACUGCUGUGGCCAGUACAAGUGAAGUCUAUAGCAGACGGCGACGAACAUAUGGGAGAUCACUUUACCUCGAUCCAUCUUAUGUCAGUGGUGUGGCCACGGGAGUACUCGACUUGCCAGAUCUUGAACAUCAUGUUGCCAAUUCUUACUUGUCAUUUGAUUGUGAAAUGCUGGAAGGCGGUUUUCAUGACCUAAUGGUGACAGCUGUGUGUUUAUCAGACUCUGACAGGUCAUUGAUUCCACUAAGAAGUGAGAGUCUCCAUUUUCACGUGACUCACUUGCAUGGAAAUGGUCUAAGUGAAGCAGUCUGCUUAGACUUGCACUCAUUCAUAGACAGUGAAAAGUGCCCCGAAUUUGCUAUACAAAUUUCAGCUUCAGCUGUUGAAACGUCUGUUAUUGUUGAUAACUUCGACUUUUUGCGAGACUUAGCGGAUGCUUAUUGUGAUAAACCAAGCAAUGUAGAUAUCGAUGAAGAAGGUUAAGACUUGACAGUUCGAGAUAAAUUGUAGGCCAGCUAUAUCGAGGAAAACAUGAAUGGUAUUCAAGGUAUUUUCUUUGACGCUAUAGUGAUUGUCUCUACUAGUGAAUUCUAUCAUUUUGGUAAUUUCUAGAUAGAUAUAGCUAAUUGAUAAUUUGAGAUGUUAAGUUUUCAAUGACUGAUGUGCAAAACA